AUGGGUUCCUUCCAGCACGGAUCACGGUGUGUGCUGGAAGCUUGGGAGCGUUCUCACGACGAACAUCACUGCGAGAAAAAGAAAGUUUCGCACUCCUCCUGGAGGCUUGAACCAAAAGCUCCGUCGUGUAGGGUUUGGAUGUGGCGCUGUUGUGACGAUGUUCCGGAUGAGCUGCUCAUCCGGAUCAUGUCCCUCCUCCCCUCCUCCCGCGACUUGCAUUCUUCUUCCCUGGUAAGCAAGAGGUGGGCGCGCCUGGCACGCCUCGUCACGCAUCUUUGCCUCGACUCGAGCAGUCCUGGCGUGGAGCAGGGCCUCGCGCGCUGGUUUGGUCAUCACAACAGCCUCCGCCAGCUAUCGAUCCAGAGCUUCUUCCAGCACCAGCCGGACUGCAGCUCCACUCGCUGGCUGCACCAGGUCGGGAAAAGUCUCCACUCGUUGAGCAUCUCGAGCACCAGCUCGCAGCACAAGUUCGAUGGCUUCUGGUCCAACGUCUCGGCCUGCCAGGAGCUCCGCUGCCUCCACGUCCAUGGCAAGCAACUCGCCCAGCUUGGCGAUGCAACUUUGCCUUCACCGCUGCUGCCCAAUCUCCUCUUCCUCACCCUCCGCGCAAGGGUGGACGUGACUUCCCUUCAGCAGCUGCUCGACCUCUGCCCCUCGCUCCUGGUGGUGCGCAUCAACGGGCUAUUGGUGAGAUCCUCGGGGACCUACGUGCUCAAGAGCCGCACUCUUGUCAGCUGCCAGUCCGAAGGCUACUUUGAUGGCGGCCUCGACAACGUCACCAUUGGUCUCGACGCGCCGAAGCUCCGGUGGAUGUUCCUUGUCGCCCCGCGCAUCGUGCUGCUGCCUGCUACGUGCAACAUAGACUGGAUCCGGAUGACUGGAAUCAUGGGUGGAAUCCAGGGGCUGCGCUACUCGAGGCUCACAAAGCUUGCGUUCACCAACCCGUUCUACAGCUCCGCCCAAGUUAUGGACAAGGUGGCGAGGUACUUCGCUUGCAGGAAGUCGAGCCUAUGCGGGAUCAAGACGUUCUACUAUUCCGUUUUUGACGAUGGCAUGCCACUGUUUUCUGUCGAUCUUGCUGCAUUGCUGGAGCCUUUCCAGGGCCUUGAGAUGUUCAUCGUCAGUUUCAAGAGCAUCAAGUUGCUCAACGUUGCAAACUGCACCAACCCCUUGACAGUCUAUGUGGAGUACUUCUGCGUCACGCACGUCUGGGAAAGUGAAGGUCCCGAACUGGAGGUCAUCCGCGAGCUGCUGAGGAGAAGCAGCGGCACCACUCUGGAGUUGAGGGGCUUCUACAUUAGAGAGGAUGUGAACCCCGAGAUCCCUCCGUUGCUUCAGGAGCUUCCAAAGGAAUUCCCAGGACGCGUCAAGCUGCCACCCCUGCAGCUUGUGCCCCGGCCCACCUGCGGCAUUCUGUGGCGGUCCUGGCAAACAAGUGUUGCCAUGGAAGAUCCCUACACUGGAUUCAGCAACCACUGGUGCAACUUAGUGUACGGGUGGCAGUCCGAAAGGCCAUGCGCGUGGGAGUAGCAGUCGCUCUUCAAGACGAUGGCAACAAUUUUGAGCUGCAAGGUGAGAGUGCUGUCUCGGACGUGGAAAAAUGUCCCAUUGGUGUAACUUUGACGUCCUGAUUUAUUGCUCGUCAUCUUCUCGAGGCAAACUGAAAGCACAAUUCAUGGCA